AUGGGACUUCUUGACAUUAUCAAAUCGUUCAAGUCGAAUAAUGGACGUGAGAUUAGGAUUCUACUUCUGGGACUCGACAACGCUGGCAAGACGAGUAUUCUGAAGCAGCUUUCAGCCGAAGAAAUCACAAACGUUACACCAACUCGUGGAUUCAAUGUGAAGAGCGUUGUCACAAACGGCGAUAUUCGGCUGAAUGUCUGGGAUAUCGGUGGCCAACGAUCAAUAAGGCCAUUCUGGAGUAACUACUUUGAAAAUACGGAUGCACUGAUCUAUGUGAUUGAUUCAAAUGAUCGGCGACGUUUCGAUGAAACUAGUGUGGAGCUAAUGGAACUACUGGAUGAAGAAAAAUUGAGGUUUGGUUUCCUUUUCUGUUUCUUCUUCUUUUUUAUUUUUAUUCUGACCGAGAUCCGCGAUCGAGUAUGGCAAAUCCAAGGUUGUUCGGCGUUGACCAAUGAAGGUGUCUCCGAAGGAAUCAAAUGGACUCUGAAAAGCUCGCAUCCAGUCUCCGAGGAAAAAUUCAAGGAAGAAGUCGAAAAGGCUGUAGACUUAUUGUAUGAUGCGGAUCACCUACACUACUUCUUUACGGAUCGUGACGGAACGCUGAAGAGUUACGCCUGCAGUUACCCAUCGAGCAUUCAACCGGCUUAUUCUGGAGUAAUUCAGGCUCAAUUCGCUCGACGAUGUGCUCAGACCUGCUGCAUUCUCACCACUGCGCCGAUGAUGCAUGUUGGAGUACUCGAUGUCUCCACGAUACCACCAGGGUACUACUAUUAUGGUGCAUCGGCUGGACGAGAAUGGUUUAUAGAUCCAACCAACAAAUUUAAGGACACAAGCAUCCCUGAAAAGCAUUUACAGCUUCUUGAUCAAGUGUUUCAACUUAUUCAACAACUAUUGGAACGGCAGGAAUUCCGAAUGUUCACGUGGGUCGGCUCCGGAUUACAAAAACACUAUGGACAUGUCACCAUUGCACAUCAGGAUAUCUACGGUUCAGUCAACAGUCAAGUCAGUGAAGAACUGUUCGAAGAGAUUCAUCACAUCGUCAGCAUGCUCGAUCCCGACUCAACCGUGCUGGAAGUGAAGACAUCCAAACUUGACAUAAAGAUUGUGUUAAAGGGAAAAGGAACUGAAGAACCUUUCAACAAGGGCGAUGGAAUAAGGAUGCUAUGCGAAAAAAUGAAAUGUGAUCUAAAGGAAGGGAACAUACUGGUAUGCGGUGAUUCAGCCACAGAUUUGCCUAUGCUGGAGGAGUGCUUGACGCGAAAUCCCUCCGGUGUUUACACGAUAUGGGUCACCACAGACGAGCCGCUUCAACAAAAGGUCCGAGAUCUGUGUGGGUCGCAUAACAAUACGAAUAUCGCAUUUGUAUCUUGCCCAGAAGUUCUUCUGGGUGCAAUGGCACAGGCUACCAUACGCGAGAUCAGCAUCGUUCGACGUGACUAA